UGUAGUUACUGCUCGAGUGUUCGGUAUCUCUUCUCAUCAGUUCAUCACACGCGACCCCCCGUGUCCAUCAUCAACCUGACAAUUUGCUCCGCUGCAGAUUCCGGCGAUGGCUCCUUCCCGCACGCGAGGAGCCCGCCUGACAAGCUCCUCGGCGGCCUCUUGCCCGACGGACUCGACGAGAGAUCGUGUUCAUGUACCGCCGGAACCCGGGACGGCGGCCUUCUCCGCACCUCAUCGCGAAGCUGCGGAAGCACGAGGAGCUCCAGAGGCGGUGCGGGCCGAACAUGAACGCGUACAACCUCGCCAUCGAGCAGCUUCGGACCGGCAAGAGCGUCGGCUCGCCGGAGUGCAAGUACGUCGUCUCCAUCUCGUACCGCGGCGUCGGCAACCGCAUCCUCGCUGCGGCGUCGGCGUUCCUCUACGCGACGCUGACCGGCCGCGUCUUCCUCGUCGACCCGAGCAACCAGAUGGACGAGCUCUUCUGCGAGCCGUUCCCCGGCACGACGUGGCUGCUGCCGCGGGACUUUCCCCAGGCGAGCUACGCCAACUUCAGCAUCGACACCGCCGAGAGCUACGGCAACAUGCUCCGGAACAAGGUGCUCAGCGCCGACGCGCCGCCGGCGGCGGGAGAGCUGCCGGCGUUCGCGUACCUCCACCUCGACCACGACUACGGCCACGAGGACAAGAUGCUCUUCUGCGACGACGACCAGCGGCUGCUAUCCAACGUCCAGUGGCUGGUCAUGAGGGCGGACCUGUACACCGUGCCGGGCCUGUUCCUGGUCACGGCGUUCCAGGAGGAGCUCGACGCGCUCUUCCCGGAGCGCGACGCCGCGUUCCACCACCUGGUGCGCUACCUGCUCCACCCGACCAACCACGUAUGGGGCCUCGUCACGCGCUACCACCGCGCGUACCUCGCGCGGGCGGACCUCCGGGUCGGCAUCCAGGUGCGCACCUUUGACCCCAGGCACGCGCAGUCGCCGCACGUCCUCCAGCAGAUCACGUCGUGCGCGUGGAGGGAGAAGCUGCUCCCGGAGCUUCUCGCCACGGGAGAGCACGCCGCGCCGGCGCCGGGCGUCCUGAUGACCUCGCUCCGGUCAUGGUACUACGAGCACAUCAAGGGGAUGUACUGGGACCGCGCAACGGCGACCGGCGACGACGUGAGCGUGCACCAGCCGAGCCACGAGGGGCAGCAGCAGUUCGGCAAGAGGUCACACGACGGCAGGACCUGGGCGGAGGUGUACCUGCUGAGCCUGUGCGACGUGCUGGUGACCAGCGGGUGGUCCACGUUCGGGUACGUGGCGCAGGGGCUCGGCGGCGUCAGGCCGUGGGUGCUGCACAAGCAGCCGGAGAACCUCACGGCGGCGCCGGACCCGCCGUGCUUCCGGGACGUGUCCAUGGAGCCGUGCUUCCACGCGCCGCACGUCUACGACUGCAAGAUGAGGCGCGGGAUGGACACCGGGGAGGUGCUCCCGCACGUCAGGCACUGCCAGGACGUGACCUGGGGGUUGAAGCUUGUUGAUCCAAAGCUCUACAAGCCUUGAAAUUUCAGGGCAGGUUUUAGGUGGAUCUGGUAACUGAAAGAUUCCGUUUGCUUUGCUUUGAUCAAGAAAAAUUCAAGCAACAUGACGUCAGGGACAAAACCAUGGAUCAAGAGGUUUAGACGUGUUCAGAUUGGGUCCAAACCCCUUCAUGGCCUUUUCCCAACUAAGAUAUUGAUGGAUUUGCAGAAGAAUUGGUGCGUAAAGGUGGUAAAUUUUCUGAUACUAACGACUGCAACGGCAACAGUUCACGGUGAAUGGCAAACCGAUAUCGUCACGCAUUCACGCUGGUACGCACGGCCGUCAGCGAGAUCUCUGUGACCUGUCGACAUGUGGAGACAAGGCGAUGAAUCAUCUUGCGUAGAGAUGCUCCACUUCCAGGUGUCUGUUCGAAAUCGAAGGAGACAGGUUUUCUGCCGUUCUGCAAGAUCACUAUUUAUUUGCACACUCUCCUUUCUUCUUUAAGCUCUGCUUUUUUUAUUUUUUUAAGGGAAAAGUCUGUUUUUCAACCCUGAACUAUCACGCUAGUCCGAUUUUAGCCCUUGAACUACGAAACCGAACAUCCUACACCUCCAACUAACGAAACCGUU